UCAGCCAGAGAGCACGCUUUCUUCUCUCUCUGCUGCUGCUGCUCUCCAUCCAUCUGUCUCUUCAUCUUUUUAUUCUCUCUGUCUCUCCAUCCGUCUCUCCUCCUUGAGUCCCUGUUCCCUCUCCUUUCUUUGCAUUUGCUUUUUUCCUGUUUUUCUUCACUUUUUUUUCCUCCUUUUCAGCAAUCUUGAACGCUCAGCACUUGCUCAGACUGGAGUUUUGUGUGACCCAAGGAAGAAGGUUUAUUUCCUUUUUCAUUUGCUACUUUGAGAGAGUUGGAGAAAGGAGCGAGGCGAGACCCUAAUUUGUGACAAUAUGAGGAGUUGAUCUCCUCUUCCAGCUUUUCUCCAGCUGUUCGUCCUGUUUUUUUUUAUUCAUUUUUUUUUUUUUUUUUUUUGUUUUUUGUUGUUUUUUUUUUUUACUGCAACACCUGGAAUGCUUAAUGUGGACUGAUGGAUGUUUCUGAACUGUGCAUCCCAGAUCCCCUCUGCUACCACAACCAGUUGCUGACCAGAAUGCCCACUGACGACCGACAUCUACCCUCCAGCUGUGGUUCCUACGUCAAAACUGAGCCCUCCAGUCCGUCCUCCUCACUCGUAGACACCGGCAGCCAUCACAGUCCCAGCGGCAACUCAGACGCCAGUGGCGGCUACAUUAACGGCAGUGGCGGGCGCUCCCACAUCUUAGACUCGCCUCCAAUGUUCAACCCGGGCAUGCUUGGUGGCGGCAGUGCGUGCUUACGCCGUUAUGAGGAGUGCUCCGGCAGCAUGGCGGACGACUCGCCAAUUAAGUGCGAGUACAUGCUCAAUGCCAUUCCCAAGAGGCUUUGCCUGGUGUGUGGCGACAUUGCCUCAGGGUACCACUACGGCGUCGCCUCUUGUGAGGCCUGCAAAGCCUUUUUUAAAAGGACGAUACAAGGAAACAUCGAGUACAGCUGUCCGGCAACCAAUGAGUGUGAGAUUACCAAGAGGAGACGAAAGUCCUGCCAGGCCUGCCGUUUCAUGAAAUGUCUUAAAGUUGGCAUGUUGAAGGAAGGCGUACGCCUGGACCGGGUGAGAGGCGGGAGACAGAAGUAUAAACGGAGGUUGGAUGCUGAGAAUGGAUCCUACCUCGGCCUCACCCUCCCUCCCCCAGCCAAAAAGCCCUUGACAAAGAUUGUUUCACAUCUCUUGGUGGUGGAGCCGGAGAAGAUCUAUGCCAUGCCGGACCCGACUAUGCCUGACGGCGACAUCAAGGCCUUGACCACCCUGUGCGACCUGGCUGACCGCGAGCUUGUGGUCAUAAUCGGCUGGGCCAAACAUAUCCCAGGUUUUUCUACACUGUCCCUGGCAGAUCAAAUGAGUCUCCUGCAGAGCGCCUGGAUGGAGAUCCUGGUGCUGAGCAUUGUGUUUCGCUCGCUCCCCUGCGAGGACGAGAUUGUAUAUGCAGAGGACUAUGUGGUAGACGAGGAGCAGGCGAGGAUCUCGGGCCUGCUGGAUCUUCACGUCGCCAUCCUGCCGCUGGUGCGACGCUACAAGAAGCUGCGCAUGGAGAAGGAGGAGUUUGUCACACUCAAAGCUAUCGCGCUUGCCAACUCUGACUCCAUGCACAUAGAGAGCGUCGAAGCCGUCCAAAGGCUCCAAGACUCUCUCCAUGAGGCUCUGCAGGACUACGAGGGAUCCCAGCACCCAGAGGACCCCCGACGGGCAGGCAAGCUGCUGAUGACCCUGCCUCUGCUCCGUCAAACCGCCACAAAGGCUGUUCAGCACUUCUACAGCAUUAAAAUGCAGGGCAAAGUUCCCAUGCACAAACUAUUCCUCGAGAUGUUGGAGGCCAAGGCUUGACACCUGGAGCAGCUGCAUCAUUCAGUCAGAGACGAGCAACGGCCCAUGAGAAAUAAAGGUGGAGUGCCAAUUAACAGCCAAAGGAUGACACUUGGGCUCUGAAGUCAUUUUACCUAUUAAAAUAAUAGCAAAACUUGAAAAAGGAAAAAAAAAAGACUUGGAAUAGUUUUAAAGAGGGUGACUUUAAAUUUGACACAAACGGGAUGAUGAUAAUGUAUAUAGAGGUGUACAGAAAUCAGGCAACUGCGGUCUUGUUAUAACCAGAGACCCAUUGCUCUAUAUCACUUGAGUCUUCUGUGAAUUUGUUUCUUAUUUUUGUUUUAAUCUCAACAUGAAAAAGUGAUAAUAUAAAGAACUGUACAGCAAC